CAUUCAAUAAUAUACUUCAAGUGUUGGACUAGAUUUGACUCGCAGAUCUGUCAAUAAUUAAAAACCUGUCAAUUCAUCGCCAUCCCUCCAAAGUUCUUGAGAGACCUUGCACAAUUUCAUCACCAGUUCCACUGAUAGCCCGUCGGGGUUUUGAGAAGAUGCACGAUGAUGGCUAUGGAGAACUCGCGGCGGCAGACAUCGUCACCGCCACCAUCGUGGGACUUGCGGCCACCCUUGCCAGUCGACAACAUCGGAGGCCAAGCAGUUUUAAACCGGCAAAGGGUCACGACGCCGUCAUCCCCCGAUUGGACAGGACCAGAUCAGGCCACCUCGCAAAUCUCGAGAGCUUCUCCGGCUACGUCGCCAGGCAGUUGGGGUUCGAAGACGAGAGCGAGUGUCCCCAGCUGAGCAAGCUAGCGAUCGAGUACUUGAAGCGGAGCGAAGGGUGCGAAGAGAACGUUUACGAGUUCUUUGCCGGCGAAGAAGAUGCAGAGACACUGCGCGAGAAGCUUGUGGAAGAGCUCGACAGGUGCAUCCUCAGCUACUUUGCGUUCCAUUGGAGCCAAGCCUCUUCCAUGAUCAGUCAGGUGCUGAGAACCGAGACUGAGAAGAAAACCAAGCUCAAGGACUUCGUGCUGGCAGCGACAAGGAAACAGAGAUUUGAGAGGGUGACCAAGGACUUGAAGGUAACAAGGGUUUUCUCCACUUUAGUAGAAGCGAUGAAGGCGAUCGGAGGUUCCUUUCGCAAAGCCGACGAGUGCACGGACGUGAUGGUCCCGGCGGCUCACAAUCGGAGAAGCCCCGUCCUCUUGCUCAUGGGCGGAGGCAUGGGAGCGGGGAAGAGCACCGUCCUCAAAGACAUCCUCAAACAACCAUUUUGGGCUGAAGCAGCGGCUGAUGCUGUGGUUGUGGAGGCCGACGCGUUCAAGGAGACAGAUGUUAUCUACAAGGCCCUGAAUUCGAAGGGUCGUCACGAUGACAUGCUCCAAACUGCUGAAUUGGUUCACCAGUCAUCGACCGAUGCUGCAUCUUCACUUCUAGUGACGGCACUCAAUGAAGGAAGAGACGUGAUCAUGGAUGGCACGCUUUCAUGGGAGCCCUUUGUGGAGCAGACGGUUGCGAUGGUCCGGAACGUCCACAAGUCUCGUUACCGGAUGGGGGUCGGAUACAAGGUGGCUAGCGACGGCACCGUCAUCGAGCACUAUUGGGAGCCAAUUGAAGACGGCGAAGAAGAAGAAGAAGGAGAAGGACACGAUGACGGAGAUUCCGGGGAGAAUGGGAAUAAUCUCGGUCGGAAGCCGUACAGAAUCGAGCUUGUUGGGGUUGUAUGUGAUGCUUAUCUUGCUGUCGUCAGAGGCAUUAGGAGAGCCGUAAUCACGGGAAGAGCCGUGAGAGUGGACUCGCAGCUGAAGUCCCACAAGAGAUUCGCAGAUGCAUUUCCACGGUAUUGCCAACUCGUUGACAACGCCAGGCUCUACUGUACCAAUGCCAUGAGUGGCUUACCUUCCUUGAUGGCAUGGAAAGACGGGGCAAACAAGUUACUUGUUGAUCCAGAAGAGUUCAAGUGGCUGACUGCAUUGAGAAAAUUGAAUCCGGAUGCCGAAUCCGUAUACGAACUUUACCCGGAUCCGAGCCCGAUCUACGAACCCGGUUCGGUUUGGAACAGUGUGCUUGUAUCGCCGUCGAGGGCAAGUCUUCUUUCCGAGUUGAUGGCCAUCGUUAAAAAGGUCGAAGACCAAAAGGCUGAAGUCUCGGUCCUGUGAUUCAGCUGGCCGGCCCCCUUGUAAUCAAUGGCUGACUUAUGUGAAAACACUAAUGCUUUUGCUUUUCUCAUCCCUUGUUUGUACAUUGGUUUGAUAUGUGUGUGUUUGUUUGAGGA